CCAGCCAUUUGCCAGCAUUACCUUUUUUUUUCCUCUCUAUUUAUUAUAUUUUUCCAAUAAUUAUUUCUCACUCUUUUUAUUCUUAAGCUAAAUCGCCAUUAAUUAUUAUUUUUCCUUUUUCUUUCUCUCUUUCUAUGAUUUUAUAUAUAUAUAAAUUUGGAGCUUUCCCUGCCUUUCAUUCUCUCUCUGUGUUAUUAUCUUGGAUUUUUUUCUUAUAUUUCCGCCAUUAUUAGCUCUCGAGCUCGUCGGCGGGGAGUUGAAGAGUAGGAUCGGAGGUGGUGGUGUCGCGAUGAGGUCGGAGGUCCGGCUUGACUCCGCCGUUUUCCAGCUCACGCCGACGAGGACCAGAUGUGAUCUUGUUAUCAUCUCUAAUGGGAAGACUGAGAAAGUUGCAUCUGGGCUUUUAAACCCAUUUCUUGCUCACUUGAAGGCUGCUCAAGAUCAGAUUGUGAAAGGGGGGUAUUCCAUCACUCUUGAACCAGACCCCAAUAAGGAUGCGGAAUGGUUUACAAAGGGCACCAUUGAAAGGUUUGUUCGGUUCGUGAGUACGCCGGAAGUGUUGGAACGAGUUAACACCAUAGAGUCUGAGAUCGUGCAGAUUGAGGAAGCAAUUACCGUUCAAGGCAAUGAAAGCGUUGGCGCUGCCGCUGUGGAAAAUCAUCAAGCCAAACCUACUGAUUCCAUUGAAGGUAGCAGGUCCGCCAACAAUGUUGCAGAUGCAGAGAAGGCCAUUGUUCUAUUUAAGCCUGGGUCACAUGCACCAGAUUCAAAUGGAUCCAUUGCACAGGAAGAAAAUUCCAAAGUUCACCUUCUUAGAGUGCUCGAGACCCGCAAAACCGUCUUGCAGAAAGAACAAGGCAUGGCCUUUGCCCGUGCUGUAGCAGCUGGUUUUGACAUGGAUCACAUGUUGCAGUUGAUAUCAUUUGCUGAGUGCUUUGGGGCCACACGCAUGAUGGAAGCAUGCAUACGGUUUAUGGAUCUGUGGAAAGUAAAACAUGAAAGUGGACAAUGGCUUGAAAUUGAGGCCGCAGAAGCAUUGUCUUCCCGAUCAGAAUUUUCCUCUUUGAAUGUCUCAGGCAUUAUAUUAUCUGGAGACAUCAACAAGCAGAGAGAAUUUGGAGAGGGAUGGCCUAUAUCUAAUGGUGAUUUGGGUGCAGAGAGCAAUGGAAAGGAUGGUCUCAAUGCCAGUGAGGUCAACUCUGGUCAAAACAAAGAUAGAAGGUCACCUGAUGAUCAUCACACGCCAUCUGGACCCCAUGAUUAUUACCAAGGUCAGUUUCAGCACCCCUUGUUUCCCCAGUGGCCCAUUCAUUCUGCACCAGGUGCACCCAUGUUUCAACCAUAUCCUGUGCAAAGCAUGCCUUAUUAUCAGAAUUAUCCUGGCGGUGCCCCAUUUUUCCAACCCCCCUAUCCUCCAAUGGACGAUCCUAGAUAUACUACCUCCCAUAGAAUGGGGCUAAAAAGGAGUUCCAUGGAUAGUAAAGAUAGCACUACUGAGCCUGAGGCUUGGGAAGUGGGUGCUUCUGGUGCCAGAUCAAAGGACUUCAGUGAUCGGAAUUUGUCUGAAGAUGAGAAAGAGAUGUACCAUGCUCGAGGAUCACGUAAAAGAUCUGGUCAGUCAGGGAAGAAAAAAGGGUCUGGGAAGACAGCCACUCGGACGUCAAAGAGAUAUGAUACCUCUGAAAGUGAAUCAGAAUCAGCUUCUGAUUCCGAAACUGAGGAGGAUAGUGAGCAUGAUAAAUCGCCAAGAAGGAAACAUAAGCACUCUUCAAGGUCAAAGAAAAAGAACAGCCAAACAAAAUCCGUAGAUGUUUCUGACAUACAAGACAAGGAUGAAGUUGCUGCUGGCCAGGGUGCUGAUUCUGGAAGCUGGCAAGUGUUCCAGAGUUUCCUAAUGAGAGAUGAAGAGAAGACAAGCAAUGUUGAUAGAGGCAUGUUUUCAGGUGAGCAAGAGCCUCCUAUGAGGAGAAAAGAGAGUAAAGUUAGUGAUGAUCCCUUUCUUCCUCCUGAAAGAGAUGCUGACAAUGUUCAAGAUUUGAAGGUUGUUGAUGGGAUAACAAGCAGACUGAAGCAAAUUUCUUCAACCGAUGAGCUGUUACUUUCUACUGGAAGAGGCUACACACAAAAUAAUCCUGAUCCCCAGUUCGAGGAAAUUGAAGGUGGACGUGGACGUCGGACAUCAGCUCAUGAUGAGUUUAUGGUUUAUGGGCCAGAAAAGCAGCUGACCAACAAAAGCUUUUCAGAUCCACUUGCUGAAACUGAAUUUGAGCAUGCUGUACACGUGGAAAAGCAGAAGCAGGCUACAUAUAAUGCAACGGAUGAGUCCUUCAUUGUUCCCUUUAGAUCAGACAUCCCAGAGGAACUUCUAGUGGACAACAGACCUCCCCUUGAAAUGGACUCCGAGUUACCCUAUGUUAUUCAAGGAAGUGAGGAUUCAUCAAGUAAACCAAAAGAUCAGUUCUACUAUGAACCGCAUGAUUUGAGCUUGAUGCCUGAACGGGAAAUGGAGAACGAAUCUGUUGGUUAUGAUCCGGCCAUUGAUUAUGACAUGGAGAUUCACAUUGAAGACGCAGCUAAGGUGAACACCAGCAACCAUGAAGACGACCAAUCAAGCACCAAAGAAGAGCCAAUGAAGUCAAACAAGGAGAAAAAGCCAAGAGCUGGACAAGAUGUCACAGAUAAAAGGAAGAUGGACUUGAUGAGGAAAGGGAGAUUAUUAAAGCCAAACCCUUUAGCAGAUGCACAGGCACGCGCAGAGAAGCUAAGAUCUUAUAAAGCCGAUCUUCAAAAACUCAAGAAAGAAAAGGAAGAGGAAGCUAUAAAAAGGUUGGAAGCUUUAAAGCUAGAACGACAAAGGAGAAUUGCUGCAAGAAGUGGUUCAGUUCCCAGCCAGUCCACAUCGACACCCCAGCAAACAAAAGCACGACCAACAGCAAAAGUUUCUCCUGGUUCUUACAAAGGUUCAAAGUUUAAUGACAUAGAAGCUAGCUCUUCACCUAUGGCAAAGUUUCCUGGCAGAACUACAUCUCUUGGGUCUAAUGAUUCUCACAUAACCACCACCAAAACUAGCAAACCAAAUCUCGGUACUCCUGUGGUUGGGAAUGAAUUGAGCAGAUCAGUCUCAUCAUUGCCUGAUCUGAACAAAGAGAGUGAUGGUCUUGGUCUCGAAGUAAAGGCAGCUUCCCGUGUAGCCAAAAGGCUAUCGGACCCCAAAUUCAGUAAUAACAGCCAUGCUUCGCCCAAGAAAUCAGUCAGCAGUGAUAGAACACCCAAAAAGACUGCAUCUGAUGAACCCAAUAAGAAGAUGCCUGCUAUUAUGCACUCAGACAAAACCAAGUCAGCUACUUUACCAGAGCUAAAAAUUAAGACUUCGAAAAGCCCUUCAGAGUCUGUCCAGAAAGUGUCAGCCAACAAGGAGGCAGGACAGAAAGUGACUGGAACCAAGAAUUCUCUAACUUCUCAAACCAAUGGAGCAAAGGUUACAAAUGGAAAAACCUCAAAGCUGAGCAAUGGUGAUGAAUGCCCAAUUGUAGACAAAGCAAUCAUGAUGCUUGAAAAUGAGUCAAGUCCUACUCCUGCAAUUUUGCCAUCAGAGGAAACAGUAUGCACGAAAGAUGAGUCUGAUGGAAUAGGAACGGUUGAGUUAGCUUCAGAAUUUGCAACCAUUCAUACUUCCUCUGUUCUUAAUGGUGAAAUUGACCCGGGAAACCACAAGGUAAUGCAUGAUAAUGCAGAGGAUGAAUCUAAGAAAUCACUGGAAGUGGAUGUGACUGAUAAAACAUAUCAACCCCCUUAUGCAAGGGCUACAUCACUGGAAAAUCCAGCUAUUGGCAAUCUGCUUGAUGAAACAGUGCCAGUAGUUGACCAGCAAAUGAUGUCAGUGGGUUUUGAGAUUACCAAGGCACAUGUACCUGCUGACAUUCUGAACUCCACUCCAGAAGAUCAAAUACAUGAUAUCUUUGAGAAGCCUCGCAGUAAGGAGCCAUCUAAAGGGUUAAGGAAGCUAUUCAAGUUUGGAAAGAAGAACCACACUUCAGCUUCUGGUGAACAUAACUUGGAAUCAGAUUGUUCAUCCGUUGAUGAUUGUACAGUCUUGUCUGCUGUUGCUGCUGAUGUUAAUGGAUCAAAGAAUCAUAUUUCUCAAGAUGAUGCAUUCGUUGGAGGCAGUAGCAGUACAUUAAAAGUUUCCCGUCCAUUCUCCAUCCUUUCCCCUUUCAGAACUAAGACCAGUGAGAAAAAAGUGGUCGCUUGAGGUUGCUUGUUGCCAUAUAGUACCAUAAACUAUGAGAGGCUGUAGGGGAUGUCUUCCCCUUGCUUAAUGUGUGCAAUGCGGUUAAAUCUCCUUUAAAAAUGAGGCUGUUGUAUAUUUGAUUGUUUGGUUGAUUGGAAGUCAUUUCUUGUAAACAGUUGUGCAAUAUUGUAUUUAUCCAGAUUCAUUUCUUCUUGACGUUAAUAUUUGACAUAUCGGUUCUCAAUAAACCUUAUGUUGAUUAAUGACUAUCACUGAUACAUUGUUUCA